GCUUGGUUGUUUCCAGUCAGGAAAGAUGAAGCUUCUCAUGAGAUAACAGUUUACAAAUUGAUUUAAACUAGACAAUCAAGAGUCGCUGUGGAGUUAUUUAUUUUGUGACAGAAAAGUUAAUGUACCUAGUACUUUGGGAGUUGAGACAAACGGAGAAGAAAGAAUCUGUUGCCUGAGAAAGGGACAACAUUAAUUGAGUGAGGAGACAAGGCAAUAAACCCAACUCUUCUGGCAUUGCACCUCAUUCAAAAUGCUUAUGUUUGACCAUUUGCCUGGCAAACAAGACUCAAUGGAACCAGUUCCAAUGUCCCUGGAGGAGCAUUCCUGCUCCUCUGAGCUUCGGGAGGUCUCUUCUAGCCCUGAUCCUCUUCUCCGCUGGGUUGGUCUGGCAGGAAAUACACAGUCACUUUCCACUCAAGCCCCUGAGUUAAAAUUGCAGGUGGGUCCAGAUGACAUCAUCAAGAUCCAAAAUGCUUUUGACAGAUGUCCUUGCUGGCUGUUCAGGAGAGCAGAGCGAGCAAGUGAGCAUCAGAAUCUGUCAGCUCCCGUGGCUCUGGGGUGGCCAUUCCAACAAGGGUAUAGGGUCCGAAUAAAGAACGAUAUUAAACCUGAGAAUAAGCACAGCAUCAUUUACUCACCUGGCUGCCACAGUGGACGUUUUCAAUCGCUAGAGGCUAAUGGGAGCCAAAUUGAACCAGUCGAUCUUUCACUGAACAAAAGGCACUCUCCGCAUAUGUCAAGCUCCCCCUCCUCUCCCUAUACAAUGACUAUGCUAACUUCUGCAUCUCCUACAAUGAACAUAACACGCUCCAGUUCACCUAAUAAGAGGUCACCUCAGCCUCCCAUCAGCAUGCCGCUAACUAUCCCCACAGUGCUUACAGCUCCACUGUUAUCCCGCUCAGGCAUCCCAGGCUCAGGCUUGUACUCGGUUAUUCACCCAGUGGUAGUACAACCUGUCGUGUACACGCAGCCUAUAAUGGUCCCCACUAUGUUAAAGGACGAGAUGAGAAAUAAUCAACAAGGUCCUCUUAUGCAAUGCGUGAUUCCUGGCACCCGACAUCUUUCCAGGCAACAGCACGUACAACUUUGUAACCGUCCACGAGGAAGUCAACUACUUAAUUCUGGUGAACAAGAUCCCAUGAUGAUGAAUGUGAUAAAAUGCGAGCAAGAGUUUGAUAUGUUAAAUAACUGCAUCAAUGAGGUGUCUCCUUCAGCCCACAGUCCUAUGCAGUCAGUUACCUCACAUGAGAGCCAUACUCCUUCAGUUAUUGUACAUGCUGUAUCAAGACCACACCCAAUCGAAUCCCCAGACACUCAGAAGAAGCGUCGCAUACACAGGUGUGACUUUGAUGGAUGUAACAAAGUGUACACAAAGAGUUCACACCUCAAGGCACACAGACGGACUCACACAGGUGAGAAGCCCUACAAAUGUACUUGGGAAGGUUGCACGUGGAAAUUUGCCCGCUCGGAUGAGUUAACCAGGCACUAUCGUAAGCAUACUGGCAUCAAGCCCUUCCAGUGCCCUGACUGUGACCGUAGCUUUUCUCGUUCAGACCACCUCGCUCUGCACAGAAAGCGUCACAUGCUGGUCUAAGCCUGUCACCAUUCACGAUGUAAACUAGACAAGAUGCAAACUAAAUUCAUACCUUUACCUAACCAAGAUUCAGCUGGGCCGAAUCAUUCAACAAAUGAAUACUUUCAUGUAGUCAGUAUCUGAUACACAAACAAAGCUUAUUUUUCUCAUUAUAUGCAGGAGUUAUGUUUUAACAAUAUGAAUGUCUUUACGUUAAUGCAUAGCUUUCCCCACUGUGCUGGGCAAACUUGUGAAUAUAAAAUGACAUAUUUGUGUAGCCUGAUUUGUUGGUUGAAAUUGUUGGCAUUUCAAUUGAUUAAUCAGCCUUUAUCGUCUUGCCAGUGAAACCCCUGCUUCAGUGUAGAAUGCUGCUGUAUUCCAUUUCCUUCAUCAAAACCACACCUCAUCCAAAAUGUUUUUCUUUUGCAAAAAAAAAAAUGAUUGAUGGUUUCUCAUUAUUCAGAGACUUGUGGUGCAAAAUUAAAUUUUUGUUGUGAGGCUGGAGGACCCCAAGAAACUCCUAUGCAAACAACUGAAAGAAGAAAAGGCCAUAACCUGGGAUUGGAGGAACCUGCCUAUUUUGACAACCAUUUCAGGAUUGCUCUCACCUCCUGUUUCUCGAAAGUCAUCCAACCCAUUCUUCAGUGUUAGUAUUCGAUAGGGUCAUUUCUUCAGCAGUGAUGUCUAUGUUUCAAUAUCAACUUCAACACUUUAAUGGAGUUAAGCACCGGAAGUUCACCAACAAUGACUUCUUUUCAUAUGGAUGCACAAUGGAAGCUUCAUUUUCUUACAGUUCCUUUAUUAGAAAUGCUGUCAUUCAAAUAAAGUUUCCCUUUCCCUAGUGGAAGUUUCAUGCUUUCACUCAUGAGGCUGAGACUCAAUAAAAAAAAACAGAAAAUCCAGGAAAUCAACCUAUCCAGUUCCCUAGAGUUUGUAAAAGUGAGGUUUAAAUACAUAUUCCUUGUCCUGCACUAUAUUGCGUCUUCUUUCAUUAAUGUUCUAAUUACCUUUUUUAUUUGGUUUAGGUCUAUAACCAACUUAAGAAGGUAAACAAAAAUGAAAAAUAAGGUAUCCAGAUAUAGUUCAAAUUACCAAAAGAAAAAUAUUUAGGUCUGUUUUCAGAAUCUGUCUUUGUUGGAAAAAUAUAUUUCAAACCACAUAAAAGAUGGUCAAAAAAUGAAGAAUAUUAAAUUUUAUUUUAAAAGAUUGAUCUUAUUUUGUCAAAUUUGGCUAAAUUUGAUUCCUUACAGCCGUAAUUAGUAGAUAAAAAGAAUGCUGUGUCGUGAGUUCAUAACUUCUAAAUGUCUUGCAAUCACCAAUAAACCUUUUUGUUGCCAUUGUCUUUGUUAAGGACAAUAGUCAAAAAUUACUUGAUUUACAUUGAAAAUAACAAAAUUCCUUAAUUACCUGUGUGAGAAAGGAACCUGUUUCAAUUCCUGUUUCAAAAGAAUUCUGCUCCGUGCAUUUGUCAUUGGCUAUGCCAACAGCUUAGCCAAACUACAAUUAUACGAAUACCAUCGAUAUAUUCCUUUGGCAGGUAGAUAUAGAAAUUCAUAGGCCAGGAUUUUCUGGCCCCGAUGCGGGAGAUUUGACGGCCUUGCCAAAAGUCCGUUGACUUUCAGCGGGAGCAGAUGAUUCCGGCGGCAAGUGGGGUCAGAAAAUCCCGCCCAUUGAUACAAUCCUGGUUUCAUGAUGCAUUGACUAGACUCAGCAGUUGCUGUGUCCUGGAAAAUCUUUUCUGGAAAACAUAAUCAAUGGGAAUGAAAAAUUGGGUCAAUGUGGGUAAGAAGAUCUGCCAAAAAAAGGCACUUUAUCAAAGCUCAGUUGUUUUCAUUUAUUGCAAUGGUUAUAACAUUUAAUUUUAAUCAUUUUAAGGUAUUUGGGGCCAAAUAUAUUAAGCUGCUCAAAAAAUAAUCAUCAGUCUUUUAAACUCUUGUGUAAAUAUUUUUAUUAUUGGUUCAUUGCUUGCAGUUGAUAAGGUUUUAACUGUAUUGAGUCAACAAGUUGAAUGCUGAAAGUAUAGGGUCACUGAAGGUACCCUCUUUUAUAUAUCUAGGGCAGACGUGAACCGUGUCCUGUGUAAAGUUACAUUAACAGCCAUCAGAAAGCAUUUUAAAAUGUGUGUCAUCAGAUUCCAACUUUAUUAAUUUAUUCUAUAUUUUGAAAAGUCAAACUUCAAUUCCCUUGGGAAUAACUUUUCAAAUAUAUCACCAACUGUUCCAAUAGUUUUGUAUAGAACAUUUAAAGCAAUACAAUCUUUUAAUUGAACAGUAAAACAAAAUGAUUGCCUACCAGUAAGACUUCUGACAACGUAAAUUUCAAAAAUCUGUAAAAAUGGAUGAGUUACAGCCUGAUAUCACAUACAUAUAUAAAUCACUGCUAUAAAAAUAUAUUGGAUGAAUCAUUCCUCUCCAAUUCUUGCUCUAUCUUUAAAAAUAUAAAGGAAAUAGUCACUAAUGCGCCAGUUUUUAUUCUAUGUUCAUGUUUGAAAAGACAUUGACUGUAAGAUGUGUUAGUGACCACUGCUGCCAAUUUGAACAUUUAAAUCAAUAAUGUACUUUAAUAUAUAGCAAACAUCAUAUAUCAUUUUGAAACUCUGAAAUAGAGUAGAAUUUGAGAUGCAACAUUUAUUUCUGCAGAUCCUCUAAUGGCUCAGCUGGUAAAUGCAUUGAUAAGCUUGGAAUUGAGCCAGACAAACCAGAAAGGGCACAGAUUUGAUCCCCAAUUCAUAAGGAAUUAUUUAAUAUCACCGCAGGCAGCAGUGGAGAUGCUACAACUAGCCUAAAUGUCUUUGGAUAAACUGGCACAAACAAUCAAAGUUGUGUGAUUCUGGUUUCCAAUCAGGAUCAGUUGACUGCUGCUGGAAAGCGGAUGUAAGGGUGGACUUCAGCUGAGGACAGAAGUAGGCUCGACUGUGGCCCACCAACAUCCACUGUCUACACUUGAACAGCUACUUAGCCAAAGAACUCAGGAGGUGUGGAUGGGGCUGAGAAGAGGGUAGAGAGUUGUCUAAACCUGUAGAACUGCAACCCAACAGCAGUCAAUCCUUUAAGAGAGAAAAUUGGAAGGAAAUUUGUUUUUUGUUUUAUUGAUGUCUAUAAAUGAAUUUUCAUUGCAUCAUCACAGCAUUGUGACAAAUAGUGGUAGUUAAAGUAAGCUUUCCAAACAGCAGCAAAAUAAUACCUAUGGAGUUUACAGGUUCAAAUAGUAUGAGUGUUUUGUAAGAAGUAAAUAUUCUAAGCGCAAUUUUUUCAGAGUUAAAUUCUGAGCUUGGGUCAUCACUGGCAGGAAUACCUGUAAGGAAUUGGGUGCACAUUGCUGCAGAUGAUGCUCAAUAUCAGAAGUGCACGGUACAACAUUCUGUGCAAUAGGAUAAAAACUGUUGAGGACAUUAGUUUCACAUGCAUUUUAGUGAAUUAUUUCUAAGCUGAACAAAGGGCUGAGGGAUAACUGGGACAUGUGAACACAGUAGUUUGUGGCAGCUGGCCUGCCUCAUGGGUUGUAGUCAUUCUUCUGUUUUCUAUAUGAAAGAAUGAUGUGGUUUUCUAUAAGAUAGGGGGUGUGGGGUACCUGCCAUAGAGUAGGACAUCUUUCGAAGAAUUUAAAAUAAAAUGCACUUGAAAAUGAGUGCAAUCAGGUAAUGUUCACAACAUAAAUAAUAAAAUGUUGUGAAUUCCUAUUUUUUGUAUAAAAAGCCUCUGCUUCAAAAGGUAAAAAAGUAAUUUAAAAAAAAUUAUAAUAAUGCAGCAAGGGUGUUGAAAAACUGAAAUGUCCUCUUGUUUGCUGUGUCAUAUACUGAGGUGGGAAGGGAGAUUUAGAUGGCAUCCACAUUGUGAAUCAAUUCUUCUCAGCUUAGAUACUUAAAAUGUGAAUUUUAACUUUUUUGUGGGGGAAACACAUGUUUUGGUUGAAAAUGUUGGUUUUGGGAUAAUAACUUGACAGCAUUAAUAUUAAGAGGCAUUCAAGAAAACUCGAGGUGCUGAACAGAUGCAAGAAAUGUAGUAAAUAUGCUUGCCUUGUUUUCAUGAUCAUAUGUAGUGGCUUUUGUAGAUAGAACUUUAAACUGGUCCACAGAAAUAUUGCCUGAUGUGAUUGACUAUUUGGAGCCACACUGUGCAUUAGGAUAAUAUUUAUUCUGUAUUAUAUGCACAGCUGCAAAUCCUAAAUUAAGUAUUUACACUUUUUAAAAUGUAUUUUUUUGAACUCUAAUAUUAAUAUGUAGAGCUUUCAACAAUUACAGAAGUAUGUGUAUAAUACCACAAUUAAUGCAAUAUUUCAAAACCAGUUAAUAAGAAAAGAUGUGUCCCUCAAUACUCCACUGAUCUGUGAACCUAGCAACAUUCAGCAGAGGAAUAAAUUCAUUUUUACCAGCAAGAAUCCAUCAAGCAAAAUGCUCUUAACUAUGAAACAUGUAACAGAGUUACUUUAUAAACGUUUUUUAAAAAGCAUUAUUGUUAUCCAUUUUUUUUAACAAAAAGGAUGUAGAAAUAAUGAAUUUUACAAUAAUAGUUCAAAAGACUUUUGUGGGUUCAAUUCCGACCAGAAGGUGAUUGGCUACAUCCCCUAUCAUUUGAAUUUGACUUCCUCGGUCGGUUGAUUUUCAUGAGUCUCAGACAGGCCGCAAGAGUUGGUGGACAGCGCAGCAGUGAUAACAAUCAUGUGGGCUGAACUACCCCCAUUUCCCCCUCACCUCCCCUUACUCCAAACCUUCUGACUAGUGAUGGAUGUGUGGUGAUGAGAACCUACAACAGGGAGGCAUGCUGGAGAAAAAUUUUAAAAGUGCACACUCUUGGAAAAAUACUUUUGAUUUCCAAAGAUGUUUUUAAAGUUCUUGAAAAAUAUUGCCCUAAAAUAUUAUGUUCUAUUACCCUAAGUUGUGAAGAUAAUUUACCCACCAUUCGUUGUUAAGCACUUUCACUUCUCCAUUUAUAAUGUUCUGUCCUUUAUGUGGCCAGGAUUAAUUCAUCUGCUCAGCACCUCUGCAGUCCUGCUUGGAGUACUCUGGUUUAUUGCUGUUAGAUUAAGCAAUAAAUUGUGCUGAAAAUGUAGAACAGUAUAGGACUAUAUUUCAAGGGUUAAUAAGACUAAUUUUGGGUUUAUAUUAAGUCUUGUUAACUUUAUUUAAGUAAUACGAUAGUGCCUGCAGUCUAUAUAAUUAAAGAUGUGAAAAUAUAAAGUUUUUUUUACUAUUUCUUCUUCAUUUCUAGAUUGUCCCAUGGGAGUUUAGUAAUGACAUUUUGUCAUAUCAAACUGUGAACACAAAUUUGUACUGUACAGCCUUCUUAUUCUAUAUUCAAUAUGUAUAUGUAUUGUACAUGUCAAUAAAACUGUAUAUACACAAA